GGAAUUGUUGCAAUUUCCCGCAUGCGCCGUUAAUCAGACCCCUGUCACGUGCCGUUCUCGCUCUUCAGUCUCUCUCGGAGCUAGGGUUUCGGACUUCACCAGCCACAAUGAAGAGAAGAAUUUUCCAAACCAGUUCUACUGCACCAUUGCACAUCCCCACCGGUCUUCAUGGACCUCAAGAUAUUAGCAGGGUGAAAAGAGGGAAGUUUAUGGAUCGGGAAAAUGCUCAUCCUCCAAGUUGCAGAGCAGAUGAAGAUGCAUCUUCUAUACCUAUUGGAGGAACCCAGGGUACAAGAUGUGAUGAUCCAAAAACUUCUGAGUAUGCUUACUUUAACAAAUUGAAGAAAGAUGCAAGCAAAAGUUUCUGUCCACUGCCUGAAGAGGAUGAUCAAUUGAAGAAAUUCAAAUCAAUUAACUGUAGUAGAGAGACAAAGAACAUGGUAAAAGACAGCAGUAAGGACCUCAAGUCCUCAUUGCACAUUAAAGAAUUUACGCCUGUUAACUUCAAUUCAUUCCUCUCACCACAUGGAGGUGCAUCAAAGAAUUCAGAUGUAGAUUUGAAGGGAGCUAGCACACUGUUGGGUGAUACAUGCAGCAUACUCAAAAACACAGGGGAAUGUAGUAAUGCAUCCAAAACUAGGGGAACCCAGUGCAUAGAUGAAGAAGCUUUCUCUAGAAAGAGACAGAAAUUACGUCAGUGGGUAGAUACCUCAUUUCCUGAAAUUGAUGCACUCUAUUCGAAGGGGUAUGAUUUCAUUUCUGUGCUACUCAGUCGGCUAUCCCCUAAGACUAGUGAAAACAAGAGUUCUAAGGGUCAAAAGAUGCAGCCAGUGGAGAUUGAUAUGAAAUCGAAGUUACUGACUUUUUCUGAGUCAUAUAUUCACUCCAACAAACUUCAAUAUAGUCCAAUACAGAAUUUUAGGAGACUUAAAAAUGGACCAUACUUGAAUGAUGGUUCUUCAUUUUGUCAGAUUGACAACUCAAAAGAAAAACUUCUGUGGAAAUGGGAUUUAGGUUCCCCCCCUCCAACCUGCCCACCUCGCAAAUUCCAUCUUCAAUACCAAAAGCAGAAGCCUGAUUGUGACUUAGAUGGUGAAAGCUCUGCAUGUUUGUGGACUGAGAAUGAUUCAACUUCUGAUUUUUCAUUUGAAAAAUAUGGACUGGCUGUAUCAAGCCAUCUCAAGGAACUGGAUGAAUUCCAUGGCCAGAAAGAACUGAUGCUUGGAAGUGAAACACACUCUCUCUUGCUGGAUUGGGAUUUUGACAACAUGAAAGGUGACAAAAUCUUAAGUAUUGCCUCUCCCAAUAUGGACCUCGACAUGAAUUCCACAUUACCAAUUUCAUUGGCUGAUGAUUAUUGGCAGAGUGGAGAUAAUAGGUUUGAUGCAAGUGGGUUGUUUCCAUCAUCGUUACUAUCCUAUACUUCAUUAACACACUCAUAUUCAGAUAGCUAUCACAACUAUGACCAUGGACAACAUAGCCUUGAAGAGAGAAAAUGUCUGGUUGCGAAGCUGCAUCAUUUUCCUUUAACCUUAUCAUACUGUCCUAAUCUUACUGAAUAUUGCACUUAUGACUACACGUGCAAAGAUGGCAGCAUUGUCUGUUCUCCUCAAGACCAUCAUUGGUCCAUGAGCAUGUUUUUCAAUGAGAAGCAGCAUCCUGGUUUGGAAGCUCUUCUCCUUUCUUCUGGAUUUGAUUUUGAUUUAAGACAGAAGCACUUCUUGUUAACUGAUUACCCUGGAGAACAUCACUCAUCUGCUUAUCAGGCUCUUCAAUUUCCACAAAAGGAAGGCAUAUGUUCACACUUUGUAGAAGAUGAAUUUACGAGUUGGCUGGACAACUCAAAUCACAAAGAAACCCUUGGUUGUUUUUCUGGAGAUAUACUGAACAUCGGUGACUGGUCCUCCAUUAAUUUGCUGAUGUCUCUCAACAAAGAAAGGGCAUGUCCUUUGCUGCUUGACAAUUCAAGCUGGGUUGUGUCUGAAGCAGAAACGGAUAUUGAUGAUUGUGAAGGCAAACACACUUGAUGGAAACACAUGCAUUGUUGGUGGGACCUUCAUGAUUCAACUAAGGGUGCCAAUUGCUGGAAGGUGGUGUUGCUUUUCGAUCUUCAUUGCAAAUGGUUCAUCAUGGGUAGUUACAUACAUCAAUGAAAAAAUGUUAAUGUUUUAAGCUUUUAGGUAGAUAUAAUACUUGGAUACUUAUGACAAUUGCUUUACUCGAAUACUCUUAUCAACUCACAUCAUAUGCUGUUGGUUGAAGCAUAAAUGUUCAACUUCCAUUGUACAUCAUUAUAACAUUCACUAUUAAAGAAGACAAUAUUACCAGAAUGGAUGAUGCUAGCUUAAAGUUACUGCA